AUGGCAAACACUGACAGCAACGCCUUCCAGGCGGCUGACUUCGUGUCUAAAGCGGCGCACGAACAAUCUCAGUCUCUCCUCUUCUCUGUCUUGCCCGGCGAGAUUAGAAACCAAAUUUGGAGCUACGCUCUUGCAGAUUAUCAAGACGAAACUCAGGUGUAUGAUGACGCGACAUGCUACAAACGACCAGAAUACCUCGCUCCGAGAAAGACUGACACAGUGCUACUACGAACGUGCAAACGCAUCUACCAGGAGGCCUGGUUUCUUCCGUGGACUCAUGCCGAGCAGAUUUUUUAUCUCACCGGAACCGAUCGACGACCACUACGCACAACCACCGUGAGAGACAUGCAGAGAACGCUACUUACAAUAUCAAAGACUCAGACCAUGCCGAUCAUACAGCACGUUCGUGUAUUUGCUCAACUGUAUCUUCUCGAGAACGGCACAAAACUUCAAGACAUCCUCAACCUCAGCUUCUUCUACCCAAAAAGCAUCACAAUAACGAUCAGACAUACAGACUGGUGGUUCUGGGAAAGUGAUAACAAUCUUCACUUUGACGCGACCUGGGUCGACUUUUGCAGAUUCCCGAAUAGCCUGACAGAACUGCGUGUGGCAUUUGAAAGUCUCGAGCGUAAGAAAGACCAGAUUGACGAUGUUGUUAAUCAAGCAAUUCGUGGCUGGACCUUCCGCUGUAAGGACGAUACUGAACUAUCGGCGAAGGACUGUAAGCCUGAGAUUAUGAAAUGGAGCGGGAACGCUACAUGGGGAGGUCGACGUUGGGUGCGUGACGAGACAGGGCCGAACAAACUGGACUACUAUGUUUCCACCGCUAUCUGGCGACCCGUCAGCUCGACCAGCGACAACGAAAAUGGCACUCCCCGCACUUAUGUGACCGAGGGAAGACGAUUCCCCAACCUGGAUGCUACCGGCUAUGCUCAGCUGGACGAUCAGAUACCAUGGGUACCGACUAGUGUGAUGCGAAAUGCCAACAUGGCUCCCGACGCUCCCACCCGGGAUGUUCGACGGCUGCUAGAAGAAUCCUCCGACGAAGAAGGCGAAGAGAGAUUUAGAGAAAGCGACGACGACUCUGAGCAAGACGAUAUAGCAUCCGAAGACGAGGACCUUUAA